CGCCGUUCUCAAGCACGUUGCUGGCGAGUCUAAGGAGUAAGAACCCCGAGCAUUGACAUGCUAGAUACUUGACCACUGCAAUUAUUGGCCGGUACCUACUUUAGUGACCUUGCCAAAAGCCGAAACCAAAAACAUGCAUAUCGUUGGGGUUUACGAUAGUGGGGUUUCUCAGCAUGGCAUCAUGGAGGUGAUCCAUCAAUCACCCCAAAACCAGCCAAGAUCGGCGAUCUUGUCCUGCGAUAGUGGUUCUCGACUUGACUCAAUUGGGAUGAGUUGGCCGCUGAUAAAAUUCGAGAGAACCACAAGGUUGCCAUUUGCCAGGGCAAACGGCAGUGGACGUGUGGAGAGACGGGGGUUAAGCACCUGCAUCAUGAUGCUGAUUCCAGAAGGAAUGAGAUAUUCUUGGGUCGCAGGCUUGCGAGGGGUUGAGCAGACGCAGACACCAAUAAAUGCCGUGCAAUUUCAAUGGCAUCCGGGCGUUAGCAUCAUGCAAUCAUCUGAUCUUUUGCUACAGCUGCCUGAUAAUAUAUACUUACGUGUUCCGCCAGCCGAUCGCGGAAAACUCUGGUAUAUAAUCAAUCAAACAUACUUUCGAAGGACCGUACCUACGCCUGAACAACCUCACUUCUGUUCCCACGGACUAAGAAAGUCUAAUGCAUUACCUUACUCUUGUCUUCAAAUGGCACGGAUAGGAUGAGGAAACAUCGGCCAAUGCUCGGAGAAUCCCUACUACCCACCUACCCGGGCCAUCACUGAAGCGACCGUACCACAGCACUUUCGCAGUGGUGCGCUUCGGCUU